AUGCAAAACGAUCCGAAUAAAGCAGGUUUUAACAAUUAUGGGAAUGUCUAUGGUAACUCAUACGAACCUAUGCAUCAACCACCGCCACCGGCAGGAUUUGGUUAUCCACCGAAUAAUGCCCCACCACCCUAUGCACAAUAUCCGCAACAACCGCCUAGUUAUCCAGUAUCAGGUGGAGUUUAUAAUGGUUCAACACCAGCUUAUCAACAACAACGUAUUACUAUUGUACCUACUUAUCGACCAGUCUGGAAUAAUUUGAUAUUAACACCUAUUACACCUGGUAUCAAAGCAUUUUUAGUCAUUUCGGGCAUUCUUUAUCUAAUAUGGGGUAUAUUAGCUAUUGGUUUUGAAAUUGGUAUCAUUCGCUAUUCUUAUUGGAGAUAUUAUACGGGUUUGUGGGCUGGUGGUUUUCUGUUGGGUGGAGGAAUCAGCAUGUUAAUUGCAGCAUGUAAACCAUUCUUUGUGAUGGCUAGUCUAAUUCGAAUGUUCAUCAUAUGCUUGAUAUUUUGUAUACUGGGACUCAUAUUAUCGGUUGUCUAUGUAGCUACAUCAACUCGGUGUGAUUCAAUAUCUUUUUGGUAUUAUUGUGACUAUUCAAUAGCAGCUCAUCUAAAAGUAGCUAUGUUGGCCCUUUUUAUUACGGCUACUAUUCAUACGAUUGUCAACAUCAUUGUGAUUAAUAAUGCACGAAAAGCAACGGCAUCAGCACGUAAUCAAAUUUCUACGUGA